CUACGUCCAAGUAGAAAAGGGUCUUUAGCCGGAAUGUAGGUAAGGGCUUAGAGCUCCGGCUUUUUUAACUCAUUGAUCUUCCAUCUAUUCAAGAUAUCGAUUUGUUCUGAGGAGAGCUGGAAAGGGCAACGAGCUCCUUUGAUCCUAUCCUGUACUUGCUCCUUUAGAAGUCCCGCUUUCCCUUUAGAUAUCCCUCCAGCUAUCUUGCAAUGAAGUUCCGCGAUGGCAUGUGGCUAGUGGCCGAAGGGAAACGUCCAGAGUAUGCGGAAGAUGUGUACUCAAUCACCCAGCACCCGGCAGGAAACGCAUUGAGCUUGCUCUGCCCGACGAAGAAGAUUCUGGAACGAUUUGACUCGUUGAAUCUGCCAACACUAACAAUCGACAUUCGAGCUCCAUUCGACGGUGUGAUUUCCGUCGAAACGACACACUGGCUUGGAGCUCUCAACCCCGCCCCUCACUUCGACCUCUACCCUGCGGGGAAACCAGAAACUAGCGAUGCCGAAAUCAUACAGACGGAUUCGGCGGUUACACUCAAGUCUGGCUCGAUCUCUGCGACAGUUAAAACCUCAGACCAUGACUUCGACAUCCGAUUCCAUGCUACAGAUGGCUCGAAGGAGCUUACCUCGCUGCUCAAUCGCAGUGUAGGGUUUACAUACAGCCCAGGACCGGGCAACAUGAUGCAGACCGGGGACAUGUCGAAAUUCCAACACUACGUUUUCACACAGACAACGCUCUCGGUUGGGGAGUCGGUUCAUGGUUUGGGCGAGAGAUUCGGGGCCUUCAAUAAAGUCGGACAAGCUAUUACACUCUGGAACGCGGAUGGUGGAACAUCAAGCGAUCAGGCAUACAAGAACGUUCCGUUUUGGAUGAGCUCAAGAGGAUAUGGGAUCUUCAUCGAUACGCCGGACAAGGUUGAACUUGAGGUUGGGAGCGAGAGAUGUUGCAGAGUCCAGACAAGCAUUGAAGGGCAACGACUGAAAUGGUACAUCAUCCACGGUCCAACUCCUAAGGAGGUCUUGCAGAAAUACUCGAUCCUGACCGGCAAGCCUGGAAAGGUCCCCAGCUGGAGCCAUGGGCUUUGGCUAAGCACCAGCUUCACAACAAAUUACGAUGAAAAGACAGUCAAUUCGUUCCUCGAAGGCAUGAAGGCACGAGAUAUACCGGUUGAAGUAUUCCAUUUCGAUUGCUUUUGGCUGAGAGCUUUCCAUUGGUGUGAUUUCGUUUUCGAUUCCGAGAUGUUCCCAGACCCAAAGGCCCAAAUUGAACGGCUGAAAGCAUCUGGACUCGUCAAGAAAGUCUGCGUCUGGAUCAACCCUUACCUCUCCCAAGCAUGCCCAGUCUUCAAGCUGGCAGCCAGCAAGGGCUACCUCCUGAAACGUACGAACGGCGAUAUUUUUCAGUGGGAUAUGUGGCAAACCGGCAUGGGUAUCGUUGAUUUCACUAACCCCGAAGCCUGCGAAUGGUUCGUCAGCUGUCUGCAAAGUCUCUUUGACAAGGGAGUCGAUGCCAUCAAAACCGAUUUCGGUGAGAGAAUUCCGUCUAUUGACGUAGAGUGGUUCGAUUCCUCACUCAGUCCCCGCAAAAUGCAUAACUACUAUGCGUUCUUGUAUAACAGGGUCGUUUAUGAAGCACUGCAAGACAGAUUUGGAGAGAAUGAAGCUGUGUUGUUCGCUCGAGCUGCAACAGCUGGAACCCAACGUUUCCCACUCCAAUGGGGCGGCGAUUGCGAAUCCACCCCGGAAGCCAUAGCGGAGUCUGUUCGUGGUGGACUAUCUCUUGGCUUAUGCGGAUACUCGUUUUGGUCUGUAGACAUCGGAGGAUUCGAAGGUUAUCCUCCACCUUGGAUCUACAAGCGAUGGGUAGCAUUUGGUCUUCUCUGCUCCCACAGCCGUCUCCACGGCAGUAAUUCCUUCCGCGUCCCAUGGACAGUUGACAACGACGAUAAAACCGAUCAAGGCUGCUCGAAGAUCUUGGCAAAGUGGACGGCGUUGAAAGCUCGCCUGAUGCCCUACAUCUUCGCUCAGGCCCAAAAAGCAGUCGAAGAAGGCCUCCCAUUAUCCCUCCGAGCAAUGUGUCUCGAGUUCCCAGAUGAUCCCACUUCUUGGUUUCUCGACCGCCAAUUCAUGUUUGGAGACAGUCUCCUCGUGGCACCAAUCUUCGAGGAGUCGGGAGACGUCGAGUUUUACCUCCCCAAAGGCCGCUGGACGAAUUUCUUCACCAAUAAAACGAAAGACGGGCCUGGUUGGUUCAAAGAAAAGCAUAACUUUGAUACCCUACCGCUUUAUGUCAGAGAGAAUACCAUUCUUGUGCUCGGUAAGUGGCAUGAGACAAGGACGGUGUACGAUUAUUCGAAGGGUGUGGAAGUUUGUCUUUAUCAGACGAGUUCUGGUGCGAAGACCACGUUGGUCGAUGCGGAGGGGGAGGAAAUUGGCGUUUUGAAGGUAGGCGCUGAUGGACAUUUAGUUGAUCAGGAGUUUCUAGAUGGGGCGUGGCAUGUCACGAAGAAUGGGAGGAGUACUAUCAAGACGGGAAGUAAGGCGAUUGAGGGGUGAGGGGUCCUUGGAGCUCACCACAGCCCCGCAGUUAAAUAUUAGGGCUCAAGGGAUACGGUAUACGUGUAUUCUUGAAUGAGGAAGCAGGUUUCGCAUAGUAAUGGUUCCUUUCUUUUCAUGUUCCUGCAGAGACGUAUCUGGUGUGCGAAAGCUGGGCCGCCUCGUCUGGUGGCACCGCCUUUUUUAGGGCUGGUUAGGGGAGUUGGUUGGCGGAUAAAGUCGCCGACAGCCCGACAUGACCCCGCGUUCCAGGCUAGAAACUUUGCAGGCUCUCAUCUGACAAAACGAUCUUCCUUCCAACUUCAUUUCUACAUGGAAG